AUGGCCCUCGGCGGAAGUGAUGUUGAGGGAAGUCAGACUGAACUGGAUGAUGCAGUAGCCAAGGAUCUCCACUCUAGGCGAAUGCUGCGAAAGGUUACUGCCCUCGGUGCCUUCUACCUCAUCACCACCGAUAUUCUGGGUCCUUUCAACACCGGAUACGUUUUCUCGCAGGUGGGAUACGUUCCAGGUGCCUUGUGCUACUUCUUCCUGGGUAUCGCUGCUUGGUAUGCUGGAAACCUGCUCAGUGUCAUGUACCUCCGACUGGACAGCGACCGAUACCCGAUCAAGUCUUACGGUGGUAUUGUGCUGCGUGUGCUCGGACCUUACGCGCGCAUCUUCAACGACGUUUUGAUGAUCGUUCAGCUGGUCGUCAACUGUGGAACCCUCAUCCUCUCCAAUGCACAGAGUCUUGAACAGAUUGUCCUUGGCCCCAACGGCAAUGGCACUCUCUGUUUCAUCGUCGCCAUCGUCAUCUUCCUCAUCGUUCAGUUGAUCCUGAGCCCUAUUCGAAGUCUCAAAGGUGUCGGCUUCUUCGCCAAUGCCGCCGUCUUCCUCAAUGUCGCCCUCGUCUUCAUCACCAUCGGGUUCGUCUCGACCAGUGCCCCAAACUACGCGGCAGCUCUCGCAUCUUACAACACCCCUGAGGGGCCAGUCGAGACGUCUGCAUUCGUCACGCUCCCCCUGGAGAGCCGUGUCAACGGUAUCAUGAACAUGGUCUUCGCAUACGGAGGAGCUAUGAUCUUCGUUGAUUUCCUCAGUGAGAUGCGCCGACCUUGGGACUUCUGGAAGGCUAUGAGCUGCGCCCAGCUGCUCAUCGGAGGCGUCUACAUGAUGUUCGGUAUGGUAGUCUACUCACAACAAGGACAAUUCACCCAGUCCCUGGCCUACUACGGUGUCUCUCCCUAUGCCGAACAGACCGUCGGCAACGUCAUUGCUAUCAUCACUGGCCUGAUCGCCGCUCUGCUGUAUGGCAACAUCGCCCAAAAGCUGUGCUACAACACCGUCGUCGUGAGGUGGUGCAAAGGACCUGCUCUUAUGACCCCGCGCGGCUGGAUGUUCUGGAUGGUCGUCAACUUCAUCUUCUGGCCUCUGGCCUUCAUUGUAGGAGCCGCCAUCCCGCAGAUCCAGACCAUCUCGGGUCUGAUCGCGGCUGUGUGCAUUCUGCAGUUCUCCUACACUUUCCCCUUCCUCCUCAAGGCCGCUCUCGACAUGCAGCUCAUCGCCAUGCGUGACGAUGGCAAGCACACUGUCGGUGGCACUCCCCAGCGCAGCACCAGCUGGCUCUCGCCCGCCAGAUGGACAAAGGCUCUCUUCGGCGGAACCAUGAAAGAGAAGCUGAUGAUCUGGGGCCACAUCAUCCUGUUCCUCGCAUCGCUUACUAUGGCCUGCUUGGGAAUGUACGGUAGUGGUACCGCUAUCAAGGACACCUUUGAGAAUGCGGCCGCUACCAGCUUCGGCUGCACUCCCCCUGUUUGA